UUUUUGUGUGUUGUUGUCGAGCGUGAAGUGUCCAAUUAGACAACUGAAUUUGUUUAGAUGUGAACAACAGAGUCUAGAUAGGUCACACAGCAGCUGCGACAAAGUCGAGCGAAUCGAUUUCAAAACAAUAGCAACCAACGAAACAAAAUUUUAAGUCGCUGGGAAAACUAAAAAUCAAGAUUUUCGAGAGGUGGUGCGAUACCAAAUACAUAUAUACAAAUAGUCUUUAUAGAGUGCGUGUGAAAACAUAGACCCAAACAACUGACAAGGAGAUUAGCGGGGCCAAAGGAAGCAUAAGGAGUAUACACGCAAAGGAAUAGUUAAAGCCAGCCCACAUAAAUAUUCAUAUAUUUUGGGACCACUUUUCCAAGGCAGCUGGGAAAAGGCGGUGAAAUUGCGACUAUCCGAGAGCCGAAGAGCUCAGCUGCAGGAAUAAGCUGACGAAACUGAAACCUUGAAACAGCGAUUCGAACGCACACCAGCGCAGGCCCGCAUCAACACAGACACACACACGCACAGCAGCAGGAAAUUCAGACAUCAUGAGUUCGCAAUACUCGAAUGUGGAGAACCUGUCGCCGCAGACGAUAAGGCAGGUGAUGAGGGAGCUGCAGGAAAUGGAGACCACGCCACCGGAAGGCAUCAAGGUGCUAAUCAACGAGAGCGAUGUGACGGAUAUUCAGGCAUUGAUCGAUGGACCUGCUGGCACUCCGUACGCCGCUGGAAUUUUCCGCGUCAAACUGACGCUGAACAAGGACUUCCCGCUGACGCCACCCAAGGCGUACUUCCUCACCAAGAUCUUUCAUCCGAAUGUGGCCGCCAACGGUGAGAUCUGUGUGAAUACACUGAAGAAGGACUGGAAGCCGGAUCUGGGCAUCAAGCACAUUCUGCUCACCAUCAAAUGCCUGCUUAUUGUCCCGAAUCCGGAAUCGGCGCUGAACGAGGAGGCCGGCAAGAUGCUGUUGGAACGAUACGAUGACUACUCACAGAGGGCGCGCAUGAUGACAGAGAUCCAUGCCCAGCCUGCCAAAUGCGGUGUAGGCGCUACUGGCGAUGCCAAAGACGACGGUGGACCCUCGACGAAGAAGCAUGCGGGCCUGGACAAGAAGCUGCAGGACAAGAAGAAGGAGAAGUUGCUCAAGGAGAAGAAACGCAUGCUGAAGAGAUUAUGAGAGGCAUAAGGCGGAGUUCCAUGGACUAGCUAAUCAACCAGGAGCAUUAAGUAGUAAGCAGUAGCAGAACACGUCGGAUACGUAUGAAUGGAUAGAUGUUAAAGAAUGGAUGAGUGCGAGCGUAAACCCCACAAACGAGGUGAAAGGCGACAGGAUCAAAGCUAGCAAGGUCGAAUCAAAGGAGGAGGCGCGCUAUGAAAUUUUACACUGAUCUGAUACAAAACAAAACAAACAAAAAACAAGUAAAUUGAGCAACUGAAAUUACGAAGUAACCGAUGAAACCCGAACCCACAAGGCCAAUAUCGGAACGGAACGGAAGUUAAAGCUGCAACAAUUUCGGUAAAACGAGAGAGAUAAAGAACCACUCCAAAGAACAGUGCAUCCAGUUACCAUAUACGAUUAUUUUAACCACCAUUUUUGGUGGCACGCCGCUUUCAACUGAGUCUAGAAUAUAGAAAACACAAACCAACAAAAAGCAACCAAGAGAAAUGGGGAUUGCAACCAUCACCCAAGUAAUUUAUGUAGUUCUCUUUUCUUAACGUUCAUGGGCUAUCCUAGCAUAAUUUAUGUAAUUAGAUUAAACAAAACAAGGAUAACAUUAUCGCCUCAUACAUGCCACCUUUCAAACACCCAGACUCCAGAACUCUCUAAAAAGCAUCACCUUAAACAUACCUUAAUGAGCAUAUGCGUCCGCGUAUUGGACCCCCGUGCAUAAACAUAAACUUACUCCUUAGAUUUUUUUUGUGUGUUUUUUAAAUUGUAUUCGCUUAGUUCUUAAAUAAAUAAAAUUUCGAUUCGUUACAUUCAACUGUCCUGCUUAGGCAUAAGAUACACAAAGAACACACCCACGCAUCCAACACACAAAUCACGAAAAAUACAUAAAAUUAUUAAAGAAAUACUGUAAAAGAUUGA